AUGAUUAUCAGAGAGGUUGAAAUUCACGGACUUCCUGGCUUCCCUGUGGAUACAAAGUACUUCCUGGCGAGGAAUUUAAGCAUCCUACAUGGACGAGAUCGGAUGAAAUUGAAGAGGAUUCUCCAAUCAAUUCAGUUUGUCGUUGAUCCCCUGCUUGGGAGUCUCUCAGUCAGUGCAAAGGACGUGGCAAAUGUGAAGGAUGAUGCAUUCAUUCAAGUUCUCGUGGAAGUUGAGUUCAGGAGCUACACACUUCGGAGGAAUCUCAAAGAUCCCUCACUUUGCUUUAUCAAUAAGAAAUCCGCAUCAGUGGAGGAAUUCUACAGGAUCAUUGCCGAUGUGAGCUUCUCUGUGCAAACCUGCCACUUUGACGGGGAACUGUUGGCUGCAUUUGCGGAAUUUACGGAGAAGAAUUGGCUGAACUGGUUGAAGGUACAUUUGAAUCUCAUUGAGAGUUUGGAUGAGGAAUUUGGGAGUGUUCUGGACACGAGUGAGUGCCUCAAGAGGCACACUUCGUCAAUACUAAUGUACACCGCUGAGAAGAUUAAGCAUUUGUCCAGAUGCGUGGAGAUUGAGAGGAAUGUGGAAGCUUUGAAGGCUGUGAAGGCCGACAGAGGGCUCAGUUCAGCUAAAUUUAUGAUUGAGGAAGUGAAGAAGGCAAAAUUUAUGCUUCUGCGACAAAUUAGGGGGCAGGAUAGGGAAUUCCUGAAGAUGCAAUUGGAACGAUAUGAGAUUGAGAAUGCAAUUUUCUUCACGGAAAGUGAGAAAAAUCUCGCUGAAGUUUAUCUGCAUCUCUCCAGUGAAAUUUCCCUCGAUGAGCCAGCCAGGGAUGGUGGUGGGGAAAUUGAUGAGCUAAAUACUCUUUUGCGGAAGUUGGUCUCAGGGAGUCAGGAGAUUAUUGAGAAGAUCACCUCUGAGGCGGUCGUUCCGAACAAGGAGUCGGUGAAGUUUAAAGGGGAUUACUUGAAAUUGUGCCUUCAUCUGUCGUGGAUUGCCACAGCUAUUGAGCAGGAUGACUCGGCGGGUUCUGAUGAGCCGGAAGAUGUUCCGGAUACCGUGGAAGAGUACAGAAAGUUGAUAAAUGUCCUUAAGAGGAAUAAGGAAGAGGCACGAGCGGAUCUAACUAUGUGCAAGAACAAAGUUUUGGGUAUUUGGGAUACAAUGAUGACACAAUGGCCCCUCUAUGUGAGUCACAUUGCAGCCUUCGAGAGGAAUCAGAAGGCAUUCACAGACAAUGUAACCCAGAUCAAUGGGCUACUGAAUACCUUCUACAGAAUGCACCUAAAAAUGACUGAUCUUCUCACCAAGGAGGAGCAGUGUGCGAAUGAAAUGACCAACUUGAGAUUUCUCCUGGACAUUGAUAAGGAAAUUCUCUCAGGUGUUGAUUACAUUGAGUGGAAAGUGGCUUCUCUUGCAGCUGAGAAUAAACUACCCUUCCCACCGGAAAACUAUCAUGGGCCCCUCUUCCGGUAUCUCUGCUUCACCAGAGAAACUCCCCCUUUGGUCGUGCAUAAAUUCACGCACAUUCUCAAGCCACUGUAUACAGUAAUUCUCGUUGAGAGCAAAGAUGAUGCAAAGAAGUUGAUGGACAUGUCCAGGGAAUUACUCCGUGAGGAAAAAAUUGUCCUCAAUAUCCUGCCGCUUGAGCUCUUUGAUUGCGAUCGGAAUUUUUCGGAGGAUGCCCUCGAGGAGCUACAGCCAAUGGUGAAGGCUAUCUAUGAGAAUCUCUGUGAGAAUAAGUUCACAAACGCCAAGGACAGAUUCCGCAGGGAAAUCUUCAGGAAUAUGCUAAAGAGAAUUCUUUUCAGUGAGAUCACAGAGAAGCACGAAGGGUUGAUUCUUGUCAAUAGGGAGGGGGAUAUUGUAGCUGAUGGAUUUCUCAGCGGGGGCAGCUAUGCCACUCAGCCGUACAGUAUGCCUGAACUCUUGCGAAAGUACUGUGCCCUCGGGCUACGUGGCAGAGAUUUGCGAAUUGAGAAAGAAUCUCUGCUUGUUGAUAUUGAAGAUUGCCGGGAGGAGUUGGAGAUGGAUCGCAAGCAGCUGAUACAGAAAGAAUCGUUAACCUUUAAUAUUGACCUUGUUCGUGAAAUCUCAAAGCAUUUGCUUGAGCUACGGCACAAGAUGCGAGAUGUUGCCACUGCCAAGAGGUGCUUGCAGAAAAUUACGGAUGACUUGGAAAUCACCCGGGAUGCCUUGAAAUUGCUCGAGAACAAGACAAUUCAAUCGAAGGAAUACUAUGAGAAUGAACUCGAUGCACUCCAGCGGAGUAUUUCCGCGCAACCAGACAUUUCCUACGAUGAAGAUCUUGAGAAGCAAAUCCGGAAGCUGUAUGCUGGUGUUGAUCAUCUCGAUCACCUUGCAAAUGCCAUGGAUUGGAAGUUUAAUUGGUACAGCAGUGGUGCAACUUUCCAGUCGGCUCUCUUCAAGUCUGAAUACAAAAACCCCGAAUUGGCGCUCUUUGAUGAGAAGAAGGAGGAAUUUGUGGCAGAAUUGGAUGAAUUGGAUGUGAAAUAUUCCGAAAUGAAGAGCACACGGGAGAGCAUGGAGAAGCUAAAGCAUUCCCUGAGCAUACAGCUGGCCACAAGCGAGGAGAUCCUCCAGAAGUGCAGCAUGGCCCAAAAGAAGCAUCACACAGUGCCACAGAGAGACAAGGCAAUGUACGAAGAUCUCUCCAUGGCAGAAAUAAGUGAGCAUUUGACCCAUGAAACGGAGAAGUUUAUGCAAUUGACGGGGUAUGGGCACGUGUACAAGAUAAAUGAUGUCGUUAAGUUGAAGCUGAGCCGAUGGAACAAUCGUCUGCGGAACCUCACGGGAAAGUGCCAACAGAUGAGUAGCACUGUGCACAAUGAGGCGCUGAUUUGGAGCGAUCACAGAUUUGCAAUAAGGCAACUCACUACCUUUCUCAGCAUUCUCCGGGAGGUGAAGUUUUCACGACCAAACGGCCAAUUAUUCCACUUUUCAUUUCUACUGAAGAAGACUACAGGCCAUUGGAUUGAUUGCAAUCCCAACAAUUCGUCCAAGGUAAGUACGUACAACGCAUCAUGUGCAAUGCAGCACAAUUAUAACAUUUUUUAA